CAUCAUUGAACCAUCACCUAAGAGAGCAGCCACUAUUUUUGGAACAACACCUAAGAAAACCGCUACCCUUGAUGGAUCCACACCUAAGAGAACAGCCACCAGUGACGCCCUAAUUGACGGAACCACACCUAAGAGAACAGCCACCAUUUACGAGACCAUGUGCACUCCUAAGAAAACAGCCAACACAGUAAGAACAUCUGAGAAGACAGUCACAACUCCUUUGUCAGAAGUUGUAGGCGGAAGUAUGAUGUCAUUGUUAAUGGAUAACACUGAUGUUUCACCUAUGGACAUGAAUACAACAGGAGAAUAUGGUUACAAUUAUGCAUUGAGCACAAAGACUUCAGAUGUUUCUUUGAAUGAUCUAUUAGGCUACUUUGAUUCCCUGCCUGUGGAUCAUAAAACAAGCAUUGUCGGAUUUGUAUCCUGUCUUGCAAAUGCACUUCAGUCAUCUCAAUGCCAACCUCCUGCAUACAAUCUAAGAACACCUACAUACAAGCAAGAAUUUACAACUAUGUUACACCAAGAUGCUGGGGCUACAUCUACCAUGCCUUCAAAACAUUACGAGAAAAAGGUGGAGCUUAUUGUUGACAAAAGGAAUCCAGAUAGAUUUAAAACUGUACUUGUUAAUCCUGUUGAUCUAAGGAAAAUUGAACAGUGUGCUCUCUUACAAAAGUCUCCUGGAAUAUACCUGCUAAAUAAAGUUGGGUCCAUGUUGUUUUCUAGAGAAGAAUUUAUGGAGGCAAAAGGUGUUUCAGACCUAAACACCUUGAAACAGGAAGCUUUGCAAGAAUAUCUUGCAGCAAAGUGCCAGUGCCUGGAAAUUGAGCAGCCUUCUUCAAAGGAUUACAGGCUGAAACUACAGAACAAAAUAACAAAUAGCCGUUUUCUUGCCCGUGGAAAAACAACCCUGAAAAAACUGAGAAAUUCAGAGAAUAGUGAUUGA